AUGAAAAAUAAUAACUAUGCCAAGGCAAAGUCGUACUUGGAGGUUCUUAGUCGGUGGCAUGAAUGGUGGGCCCUAGCAUAUUUAAAGGAUUGUUUUUUCAUCAACAUGCUGUCUACACAAAGAGAAGAAUCAAUAAACAGCCUGUUAAAAGAUUUCGUUAAUUGUAAAACGAGGCUUAUAGAAUUUUUAGAAGCCUUUGAAUAUGCACUCGAUCUCUGUAAAGAGGCUGAGCAUAUUUUUGCCUAUAAAAAGCUUGUUUAUCCUAUUCUCUUAACUUUUCCAAACCUUAUCAAAAAUCAAGCCGCAAGUUGUUUGACAUGCUGCUAUAAUCUUGAAUUUGCCAGAAUAGUUUGUCAUCAUUCUCUUGUAGCUGCUGUUUAUCUAUCUUUUGCUUAUCUUGAUCUUGUGCACUUUUCAAAACAUUGGCAGAAAGACCAGCUCAAGUUAGAACUUGUAAAGGAUUAUGUUAAUUUCUAUAGUCAAUCACAAUCACAAACCCCAGGAAUUUUAAUAUCACAUAAAUUAUUUGGUAAAG